AUGACGCUAGACCCACGGCCCCUUGUGUCCCCGCCGCCCCCGCCGCCACCGCCCACAUCCGCCGCCAUGAGUGACCCCCGUCCGGGGCCCCCGCCGCCCUCACGCCCGCCGCCGCCCACGCUUCCCGUCUCCUCCCUGGCGGGGUCAGCGCUGUCCAUGGUGCCGCGGUCGUCAGCUUUCACAGCUGUCUUCCCAUCCAUUGGACGGGCCGCGAUGCCUGACCUGGCGGCACUCAACCUGGCUGCUUUCGAGUCAUACUUGGCACUGACCGGCAUCUCCCGUCUCACGCAGCGACACGCGGCAUCCCAUGGGAAAAAAUUCGACUUCUCGCGGCUCGCGGAGAGCGUAUCGGGACAGGAGAAGCGCGCCGCGAGCGCAAGUCCCCCGCUGCCGGCGUCACCGGCCACCACCUUAGCGCAGGUAUCCCCGUUAAUGUCCUCCGUUAGGUCUCUACCGCUGCUUACGGACACGUACCCGCUGUUGCUGAGCCCUCUCUACCAUACCAUGUUGGCGCAGCAGCAGCAGCAACAGCAGCAACAGCAGCAGCAACAGCAGCAGCAGCAGCAGCCAGCGCUGGGGUAUCGCAGGGCACUGGGCAGGGGCAGGACGCCCAGGCCCAAGAAGCAAUUUAUUUGCAAAUACUGCAACAGGCAGUUCACGAAGAGUUACAACUUGUUGAUCCACGAGAGAACGCACACGGACGAGCGUCCGUACACCUGUGACAUAUGCGGCAAGGCCUUCCGUCGCCAAGACCACCUUAGGGACCACAGGUAA